CCUGCUUACAAAUUUUCCUAAAACACGUUUGCGGUUAUAAAACAUAACGUUUCCAUGUAAAUAAUAAUUGUCAGUUCUUCCCCUAUCAAAUAUGAUCGUUGCUACGAUAAUUGACUGCAUUUACCUUACAAUUGCAGGAUAAUAUUGUCAAAAAUAUCACAUUCAAUUUAAAGAAUGAUAUAACUUUCAUGUAAUACUAUAGAGUCUAUUUUAUAUGAUAUCACACAACACACGUAUGUCUCCGUGGUCAGUGGGUUUUUAACAGCGAUGUCAUUUUCUAAAACUUGCGAGCAACCGUAGUGGACAAAAUCGGUUUUAUUCGUGACCCACUAACGUUGCUGCUCGAACAUUUCAGAAAAUGACAUCGCUAUUAAAAGUCCACUCACUACCGAGACGUACAUGAGAUUAUGAAUUUGCUGCGAUAGACUCAUUUUGUUUCGGCAUGAAAUUAAUUUGUUCAGUCAACAGAUUAUACUCGAAAAGGACCGUAUUAAGCUCUGUCGGAGCAUUAGGACUUAAAUAUAUGUCACUUUUUUGCCAGAUUGGUCCAUUUUUAAAAGAACUUCCCCGUGUUUAUUAAUUUAACUUUUCGUAGAACAACGUCCGAAAAGUAAAAUCACCCUCUCGCUGCUUUACAAUAAUAAUGACGAGCGGUGUCUCGCCCGUUACCGUAUAUUCCGCAAGAAGGUCGUUUCCUAAUUUUUCGCCUAUGCCUCUAUUGUCACGACAUCGCUUUGUGAUCAUAUGCGAACGUGCAUACGCCACAUACAGACGUAUUCACGGCAUCCUGGAGCACGGAGGGAAGACGCAAGCGCUGCUGAACGUUCUGCUAUUAAAGCUAGUGUAAGAAAAGUAGUGUCAACGUACAAACAUACGUGUGGCAUAUCGUCGCGAGAUGGACGUCACUCUGAUUCCGUUCAUCCUAGCGGCCAAAGUAUUCGUCCAGGACAUGUCAGAGUGGACGUACGGGCCGGAAUACGUGUACGACCUGAAUAUUACUUAUGAUAUAACACCGGAGCCGCCCGCACCUGUCGACAAUUCUCGGCAAGAAGUCGACAACAUUCAAUUAAUUGCUACACUAAACUGUCGCCCCAAGCAUAAUGACCAUCUAUUCUGCCAAGUGAAAAACGCAACCGAAAUUACCAACGACAACCGGAACGAGCAAGGGCUGAAAUAUGCGCUAAUGGAUCGUGCGUUUGAGAUCGUAUUUAACGAGCGCGGUGUGGAAGGCUUGAUCAUUGACGUGACUCACACGCAAGCGGUGGAUCUUGUCCGGAAGAUCGCCAAUCAGUUUAACGUGCUUUCUAAUCGAAGUAAAAUCGACGAGUGGCAAUUUUACACCAGGGAGGGCACGGCAAUGGGCGAUUGCUGGACCGCGUACAGAAUCAGUCGCGAGGAACCCGCGACGGAAGAGUUUAAGAUAGCAGGUACCGAUUUUCGCUUCGUAAUAUUGCCGUUCGUCGACAUGAAGCCUGGGACGGCUUUUUCGAUUACAAAAACUCGGAUGGAAUGUAAGAAUUCGCCGACUAGCGUCGAUUUCGUAGCAGGAAGCUUAGGAAUGCUGAAAUUUUACACCACAACCGAAAUCCUUCCGAACAAAUUCGAAGUCUCUUCCGUAUUCGUUGGAAAAGUAACAGGGACGCAAUCCGGAAAGGAAAUAUUGACAUUUAAAGAAAUAAUAUACAUUAAUUUAAACAGCAUUAAACCCGCGCAAGGUGAAGUUCCUCAUGUUCAUAUGGGCGAACUGUUCGAUUUAACAGCCAACACUCAGAUAUCAGGCACUAUGGUGGAUGAUUAAAACGACUAUAUGAACUGGUAUGUGUCACGUUACGUCGUAGCGAGGCUAUAAUUUGCUGGUAUUAAAUGUCUAAUCAAAUUAAAACUGCAUAUUACUUGAGUUAAAUAAAGUAUCUUGCAAAACUGUUGCCUUUCCUACGUCUCUGACGUUUUUCUACCCUCUCUAUCUGCACUAUCUUUCCUUCUCGUCGCCGUUCUUUAACCCUUUUCUGCUAACAAAUUUCCCUAAAAACCG